AUGUCUGUUUACCGCAGCCUAUUGGCGAUGGUGCUUGUUCUCCUGGCCAACAGGGAGGCUCUCGCUGGGCUUCAUCAAAGCAAGGCUUCAACAGAGUCGUCGACCAAUGCCCCCUCUGACUACCAAGAUAGGACACUUCUACGAACUCUGCAGACCGAGAACAAGUCUGUGUCAAAAAUAAGUGAUGCAGAGAACAGAGGUCUGCCUUUUAGCGUACCUACGUGGGUAAAAAACAAAUACUGGUCCAUUACUGGCAAAACCGAAGACGAUGUCGUGAAGAUUCUGGGACUGUAUGGGUUAUCGCGUGCGGCUCAGAAGAAACACGUCAACUAUAAAUACUUGCAAGAAUACCGGUACAUGAUGGAAGGAAAACAACUCGACGAGUGGGUGAGGCGUGGAGACACCAUGGACUCUGUUUGGCAACGUUUGGGACUGGUCAAUAUCCCUGUGAAAGUUUUGGAAUCCACCAAGGAGUUCAAUAUCUACUUGCGCUUCAUGAAAAGGUUUGAUAAGUCCAUUAAGAGCCAAUACGACGAAGGCACCGUCAAGGCUCUCUGGGUUUACUACAUGCCCCUAACGGAGGGUCAGCAGAUGGCAAACAUCAAAGUUUGGAAAAAUGCUCGCAGAUCCCGAUCGUACGUUAGAGCAGCAUUAGGAUUGGAUAUUUCAGAUUAUAACGCCGCCUACUUCAAGCUAUUCUUACACUUACGCAACAAAAAGAAGAAAUAA